AUAUCAAGUGAUGGAUAAUUUGAAUGUUUUUUUUCAUACAAAUAGCCUACGACGACUGCAGAUUUCUUAAGCUCAUUUUUGUGAUUCUAGUCCUGCCUUUCAGGCCGCGAAGGAAAUGUACUCCCCUCCCCACCCAACUCCUCCUGAUGUUUUCCACUUUUCCUGUGAUUUUUAAAAAAUAUUUCCCUUGGUAACCAUUUUCCCUGGUUACUUCCUUGGCUGAUUUUCUGCACAAAAAAUCUGAAAGGCAUUUAUCCCCAAGGGAAGAAGAAAUUUUACUAAGAAGUCAGCUAACAUUUUUCAACAUUCCCUUCUGUUCUUUCUUUGUUUUUAAAGAAAGCUCUGAUUUUGUUUCAUUUUCAGCUGAAGACUUAAAUGACACCAAGCAAAGCCUACUUAGUUUAGAUUUCCAGAGAUUGGUUGGCAAACAAACAAACAUGAAAUUUUCAGUUUUGUUUUGUUUUAUCCUGCUGAUCAUUUUUCAAGCUGAUUUUGGACAAAAUGAAAAAACUCCCAGGAAGCAAAGAAGAAAGAUACAUCAUAGAAGACUGAGGAAAAAUUCCUCCCCCAAUCACACAUCAAACCAACAACUUCGAACUCUGCAAACAACUGUCACACCGAUAGCAAGGUUACCCAUCAUGAAUUCUGAUUACAGUGUGGAGGAAAACUUUGAAUCCUUUCUAAGUUUUCGUGGAGUAGAAUCAAAUUACAAUGUGUUACCAGGAAAGAAGGGACACUGCUUAGUAAAGGGCAUGACUAUGUACAACAAAGCCGUCUGGUCUCCUGAGCCCUGUACCACCUGCCUCUGCUCAAACGGGAGAGUGCUUUGCGAUGAAGCUGUGUGUCACCCCGUGACGUGCCCUCACACCGUGAAGCCGGAAGGAGAAUGCUGCCCAGUCUGCGCUGCUACUGAACAAAGAGAGCCUACCAGUUUACUUCAUAAGGAAAUGCCACCUCCUCAGGUGGGAAUGGACCAAGUAUUCAGAAGAGGAGCCACUGAACCUGAGGACAAUGAAGAAAUUAAAGACAUGGAGCACAGGGAAGAGAUGCCAGGACCAGAUGCCAGCAAGGUGGGCAAUGGACCAGAAAGAAAGCUGAGGUCUGACGGAAAGGAGAGGUCAGCACAUCAACUGCCAAACCCCAGGAAGGAGGAAGAGGAGGAGGAUGAAGAUGAGGAGGGAGAAGGUGAUGAUGAUGAGAAGGAGGACGAGGAAGAAGAUGCUGUAAGAGGAGAUGUCUUCCGAGUGCCUUCUCGGAUCCCCAUCCCUGCCCCACCAAGAGGCAUGCCACGCAUGCCCGGGGGCUGUUCUCUGUCCUACAGGACCAUUAGCUGCAUUCACGCGGCCCUCACCCAGAUCCCGCCCAUGACAGCACCAGACAUAACAAGCCUGGAGCUGCACGGUAAUUCCAUCAGCUCCAUUCCAGAUGAAGCAUUUAAUGGACUACCAAAUUUGGAAAGGCUUGAUCUGAGCAGAAACAAUAUCACUUCUUCAGGCAUCGGUCCAAAUGCAUUCAAGUUCCUGAAGAAGUUAAUGCGUCUGAAUAUGGAUGGAAAUAGUCUGGUACAGAUUCCUUCAGAAUUACCAUCUACAUUAGAAGAACUUAAAAUCAAUGAAAACAAUCUUCAGGCUAUCGAUGAAGAAAGUUUAUCAGGCUUACAUCACUUGGUCACCUUAGAAUUGGAAGGAAAUAAUCUCAGUGAAAUCAAUGUCAAUCCUUUAGCAUUCAAAUCCUUGAAGAACCUAUCGUACCUGCGUCUGGGAAAAAAUAAAUUCAGAAUUAUACCACAGGGCCUUCCAGCUUCUAUUGAGGAAUUAUACCUAGAAAAUAACCAAAUUGAAGAAAUAAAUGAAAUUUGUUUCAAUCACACCAGAAAGAUCAACAUGAUUGUGCUCCGUUACAAUAAAAUAGAAGAAAGUAGGAUUGCUCCACUAGCCUGGAUAAAUCAAGAAAACCUCGACUCGAUUGACCUCUCUUAUAACAAGCUCUACCACGUUCCCUCAUACCUCCCCAAGUCUCUUUUGCACCUCGUACUCAUGGGGAACCAGAUUGAACGGAUCCCUGGCUAUGUGUUUGGCCAUAUGGAGCCAGGCCUGGAGUACUUGUACCUGUCAUUUAACAGACUUGCUGAUGACGGUGUGGACCGAGUCUCGUUCUACGGGGCGUAUCAUUCUCUGAGAGAGUUAUUUCUAGAUCACAAUGACUUAAAAUCCAUACCACCUGGGAUACAAGAAAUGACAGCACUACAUUUUCUGAGGCUAAACAACAAUAAGAUUCGGAAUGUUCUUGCAGAACAAAUUUGCAAUGUUGAAGAGGACAAGGACUCAAGUCUGGAGCACCUGCAUCUUGAGAACAACUACAUUAAAACUAGGGAAAUAUCACCCUAUGCAUUUUCAUGCAUAAGAUCCUAUUCAAGUAUUGUUCUUCAACCACAGCAUAUCAAGUAAUCUCGAGCUCUCUCUUGCCAUUUGUAAGCCUUGUUCGUGUAUGUGUAGUAGCAUUUGUCACUAGUGAGCGACAUAAUCCUCCUGUUCUACUCUGGGCUAUGAUGCUAUUCAACCUGAUUUCCCAACCCACAGAUGACCGACCAGAAAUGUACUAAAGAGGUGUAGUCUUGUAGGAGCUUUAGUGACCGUGAAAACCACUUAGCGCCCCACCUCUAGAGAGAACUCACGUCCAUCUCACUAGAAUGGAUGAGGAGAAUCUGGAACAUAAUAAGCAUGUUCUUUACAAACAACCUGACUACUAUCAUUAGCUGAGAAUUCACCUAGUCCUUUGAGAAGUCAUGGAUGUUAUCCAUGCCAAAGAGCACACUGACACAAACAAUUGUGGAAUUUAUGAAUCAGCUUUAUUAUUUUUAAAAUUAUCUAUUUAGUUUCUAUAAAACCUUGUGCUAUAAUUACUGAUAAAAAUACCUCAGUAUUGGUUACUUUAGCUCUUCUACUAACUACAUUGUGAAAUUUAAAAAUUAUCAUAACGUGAACUUCUUGGUUCAGAUCAUUGUACUGUGGUUAUGUAUAUCAUUAGGGUACACAUAAAUUCUAUAGUACAAACCUAAAAUUAUCUUUUAAAGUAAAAAAAAAAAAACUAUUUCAAGAUUACUUUUAUUAUUCUUCAUGGAAGAUCAAAUGACUAUGACAAGAAGUACAAUUUUGAAAAAAUAUAAAUUAACUAUUUUAACUUUAACCUUAGUUAACUAUAAAUCCAAAGCAUUCACUUUUGAAAAUUUGUGCUCCACUGAUCAUGGUUAACACCCAUUUCCUUUGCCUUAAUUCGCUGAAAUGUAACUUUUUGUUCAGUUCAAUAUAACACUGUUUAUUAGUGUUUACUAACCCAUAUAUUCAAAUUUUCAUUACAUAAUGAUCUUUAAUCUCUAUUGCUAACAAAGUAAGUACAUAUAUAAAGUGUGUUGAUCUCUUAUUAAUCUAGAUGGUCUUGAACAAACCAGUCUCGUAGUUUCAGUUCUAUUCAUGGUCCCUUUGGACAGCUUCCUCUAAUUUUUCAGGCUUUAGUAUUUUAAUCUGGCAAUGGUUUUCACAUUAUUUUAGAAAAUUUCCAGCCUCUUGUCACAGGGUUGUUUAUGAGAAACAGAGAAGAAUGUAGAGCAUUUAGUAACAUGUAGCACGUAUAACACAUGCAGGUAUUAUUACCAAUAUUUUAUAUAAUGCCAGAUGAGCCAGCAUAUUUAACUGCAGCUGACAAUUUCAUGGGUAGCGUUCAGGGUGUAAAAGUUUGACCUACUGUCAGUUAAUGGAGGUCUGAUGUGAUCACUAAAAAGGAGUUUCAGUACCCUUUCUUAUUAUCUAGGAUUCUGAGAUUUCAACAUGACUAAGACUACAAAUGGAUGACUGACUCAAGGGUCAAAGUAUAGGUAGUAAGAACAGAAACAGGAUCACAUGGGAAUAAGAAGCUGAGAUUAUAACCAGUUGAGGAAAGUAAGAGUUCAUUUGCAGUGGCUGGAGGCCCUGACAUGCCCAUUCUCAUAUUCACUCUCUUUUGCUCUUUGAAAACAAAUAAGUAAAGAUACAUUUUUAAAAAUAAAUGACAAUAAAUGCUGGCAAGAGUGUGGGGAAAGAUGAACCCUUAUUCACUACUGGUAAACUGAUAUAACUAGAAUAGAAAUCAGUAUGGUUUCUCAAAAAUCUAAAAAUAGAUUUACCAUAUGACCUAACUGUACCACUCUUGGACAUACACCCUCAGGCCUACUCUUUACUAUAGUGAUUCUUGUUCAGUCAUGUUUGCUGCUACUCUAUGCACAAUAGCUAGGAAAUGUUAUCAGAUGCCCAUCAACUGAUGAAUGGACAAUGAAAAUGUGGUACAUAUGUACACAGCGGAGUUUUACUAAACUGUAAAGAAAAAUGAAGUUAUAAAAUUCACUACUAAAUGAAUGGAUCUGGAAAAUAGACUACGUGAGGUAACUCAAACUCUAAAAGAAAAAUGCUGUAUAUUCUCUCUUAUAUGUGGAUCCUAGCUUUGAAUUUUUACUUCUGUAUGUAGGUUGGAUUAAUAGUCAACAGUAGCCAAGUGUGGUGGUGCACGCCUUUAAUCCCAGCACUUGGGAGGCAGAAGUAGGAGGAUCGCCAUGAGUUUGAGGCCACCAUGAGACUACAUAGUGAAUUCCAGGUCAGCCUGAGCUAGAGUGAGACCCUACCUUGAAAAACAACAAACAAACAAAACAAACAAAAACGACAAAAGUAGUGCAGGCCAACCAGCCAGAAAAAGGCCAGGACGAGGGUAGGGAGGAGGGCACAGUGGACAGAUAAGAAGAAGAAAAUGGGGUGGCAAGGUCUAAGUGGGGGCAAGGGAAAGGGAGCGAGGAAGGCGGUGGGUAGAGGGAAGGAUACAAAGAAACUGAAGAUGUUAUGAACAAACCAUAUGGAAACCUACU